GCGACCACAACAUAUACAAAGACCACCAUGAAAGAAGACCGCUUCCUUCUCCUUGUUUUGAUUAAGUCACACUCCCAUCUCUUGAUCACUCUCAUUCCCUCAUACCACAGAAGUAAAGAAACCUCAGGAUCAGACAUCUAUAUAUAUACAUAAGGACCCGGAUAUCAUCGAAAAGAGUCUUGGAAAGUACGAGAAGUACGUCUUCGACUUGGAUUUAUCCUUCAUGGAGAUCGUAGCACAGAAGACCCAGAGAACCUGCCAGGACAGGAAGGGGACAAGGAUAGGCCAGCAAUGUGGCCGCAGCAGGCUACUCGGGAUCGAAGGCCUGGUUGUGUGGGGUGGGACAUUGGCCAUUGCAGGUCUCAUGGCCGUUUUUACAAUCGGAACAGCAGCGACAAGAAGGAAAAGAGGAAGUGGAAGUACUAUUCGUGAUGAGUCUGCAAGCAUCGCUUCUAAUGAAGCAGAGGAGAAUAACGACGAGAUGAAGAAGGGGCUGGGCGUGGUGCUAGUUUGUGAUGGCAAGUGUUGGUCGUUGCCGGCCGAUGCACGUCGCGAUCAAUGUUGCUGUAUCCACAGAGGAGGGUCGAAGACGGGAGCAGCCUAUGUAGAUUCUUGUGAGUCGAUCUCGAGCCAAACUUUGAGCCUGGUUAACAAGGAAGAAAAGCCUGCUCCAAUAUGGCAUGGAGAAGAAGAGUCUCAAAUACAACAGCAAGAGAUGAUUCUCCUCUCAGAUGAUUCACAACCAGAGAGCAUUGCAUCGUGCAAUGAAUUCUGCUUUGCCGAAGAAUUCCAUUUGCUGGGGGGAGGAAAAAGAGGCACGGAGAGCUCACCAGUAAACUCCGAUGAUGAGGAAGAUAGCGAAGAAGAAGAAGAAGAAGAAGAAGACGGCACUAUGGAGGAAUAUGUUACAGAGGAAGGCGAGGAAAGCUCAGAUGAGGACAGGGACUCUUCCUCAGAGUCCAACUUUGAGACAGUUUGGCCAGUGGGAUCCAUCGACAAAGCAUCGCCAAGAUUCGGAUCACUGAGCAACACAGAUAACAGAAAUGCGAACAUGAUUGGAGAAUGUUACAGCACUGGUGGCGACAGGAAGAUACUUGGUAAGGGAGUGCUCUUGGAGGAGGCUAUAUGGCAGCGUCAUCAGAUGGCCCAUCUCCCUAAAUCGGGGACCUGGGUUUUAUUCGUCGGGAUCGCCCUCCUGCUGCUGCUGCCCCUGCUUCUUUCUAUUCUUCCAGACAGCACUAUGAACACUUUCAAUGCAACAUGCACCGAUGCUUUUACUGUUCCAUGAAUUUUCAUAUACCACCCUGUAUUAUUUAGAAUAAAGGGUGCCGCGGAGUCCAUUUGCUCAAGCUUCAUCCCCAUAUUUGCUGA